UAUGCAGCUGUAGUAUCAGCACAGAAUGCAUCAGCCGGUGUAUCCCUUUCACCGGCUGCAGAAAUAGUUGAUAUCAAUGUCACGCCUGCAAACCUGUCCCUCUUUGAGACAGAGACAGUGCAAUUGACCGACAAUGUCAUUGCAGCGAUCAAAGAGCACGACGAAUAUGCCGAAUACGCUUCGCUUUUCGAAUUUGGAGACAGCCCGAACACUAGGCCGUCUGCACGUACCCGCCGCGCCCGUGAAGCUCCCCGCUGCAAAACAAUGCCAGGAGAUCCCUUGUACCCAAACAAGGCCGAAUGGAGUUUGUUCGAUACCCUCCUCGGUGGUGCUUUGGAGAAAAUCAUCCCCAUCGGCUCGCCCUGCUACAAGCAAUCACAAUACAACAACUACGAUGCUGCGAGAUGCGCUGAGCUCGUCAAGGAUUGGAAUACCGAGGAGAUUUACUACCAGGACAAUGGUGCGCUGAUGAAUCCGCUGUGGUAUGGCAUGACUUGCCCAAUUCCAGCUUCCGGUGAUUCUGCAAAUGGCACAUGCACCCAGGGUGGCUACUCAGAGUAUGCCGUCAAAGUUAGCAACGUUGCUCAGAUUCAGCUGGCGAUAAAUCUCGCUCGCAAUCAGAACCUCCGACUAGUUGUUCGCAAUACCGGCCACGAUUAUAACGGCCGUUCGGUUGGAAAAGGUGCGCUCAGUAUCUGGACCCAUGGACUGAAAGAAAUCAAGUAUGUCAAGGACUAUGCGAGCCCUACAUACAAGGGACCGGUUUUCAAGCUUGGUGCUGGUGUUCAGGGAUUCGAGCUAUAUGAGGCCGCUGACAAGUACGGUGUGUCUGCCGUAGCUGGUAUCUGUCCAACAGUUGGUGUCACUGGUGGUUACUCGGCCGGUGGUGGACAUUCGCCUCUGAUGCAGUUUUUCGGACUCGGCUCUGACCAGGUUCUCGCGCUCGAAGUCGUACUGGCUAGUGGGCGCUUCGUUACUGCGACACCAGAAGUAAAUAGCGAUCUGUAUUGGGCCCUGCUAGGUGGAGGUGGGGGCACCUUUGGCGUCGUUACGUCUGCUGUUGUCAAGGUCCAUCGCAAGGUCCCCGUAACCAUAUCCACUUGGACCAUUAUGACAUCCGAGACUGUCAGUGGCGACGAGUUUUGGGAAGCUUUUAGGUUUUACUUUGACAGCAUGCCUGCUUACAACAAGGCCAAAACCUACUCUUUCUUUACGAUCCUGUCGCUGGGGCCUGGCGCUUACAUGUGGUCCAUGGGGCCUUUUUUCGCCACCGACAAAACUGUGGACGAGUACGAGGCGUUGAUCAAACCUUUCUAUGAAAAGUGCGCUUCGCUAGGCAUUGAGCUGAAAGCAAAUACAACUUACCACGAUAGGUUCUACCCAGCUUACCAGGCUACGUUUGCCUCCCUUGACUGGGUCAUUGGUGGUGCCGGAGGCAUCGCGGCGAACCGUCUGGUGCCAUCCGACAACUGGAAGGAUUCUGAGAUACGCAAUCAGACUGUUGCCACCAUCCGCCACGCUGUGGAUAAUGGAGCAAUAGUCAGUAUGUACCAUCAGCGCCCAGCCGAGCAGGAGAACAAGAAUCUCAACUCUGCCAACCCCGCGUUCCGGAACGAAGAGAGCCAGAUGGUCGUCAUCACGCCGGUUGCGAACCAGACGCCCGCGGGAUGGCAAGCGACCGUGGAGAAGAUUACCAAUACCGUCAUGCCGCCGCUUCGAGAAAUCACGCCAAAGGGCGGCGCGUAUGGCAAUGAAGCUGAUAUUGCGGAGCCCAACUGGCAGCAAUCUUUCUGGGGCGACAAUUACCCGAGGCUCGUGCAGAUCAAGAGGAAAUACGACGCUGGCAUGCUCUUCUAUGUCCACCACGGGGUUGGCACUGAAGGGUGGGCGAUUGACGACGGAGGAAUAAUUGGUAAGGGCGUUCAAUCGACCAAUGGCCCACUGUGUCGCGUAUAG